GGCGAGACGAGACGACCCCUCUUCUCCUCUCUUUUGACCCGCCACCCUCUCCACUGACGCCGCUCCUCUCCUCGUCUUCCUCGGUCCCUCCCCCUCCCCCUCCUCCCGCCUUGCCUCUCCUCCCUCCCUGUCGACGCGGCGGCACCUAUGAUCCACCCCCGCUGCCACCCGCUGCGGGCCUCCUGAUCCGCGCCCCGGCCCGAGGAAGCGGGCCCCGACCGAGAUUCCGACGCUCCACCCCCUGCGCGGCGCUUGUCAGAUUCGCCCCGGGGCGGCGCCUCGAUUCUGUCCGCCCCCCUGCUGUCCGCGCAUCUGGUUGGGGGCGCUCCGGCGCGGCGCUUCCCGUCCCUGGAGAUGUCCGCCGUCCAGGAGCAGUUCGAGAUCAAGUUCCGGCUGCCCGACGGCACCGACAUCGGGCCCAGGCGCUUCCCGCCGGCGUCCACCGUCGCCACGCUCAAGGAGACCAUCAUCGCCCAGUGGCCCAAAGAUAAGGAAAAAGGUCCGAGGACUGUGAACGAUCUUAAGCUUAUUAAUGCUGGGAAGAUAUUGGAGAACAACAAAACCCUGUCAGAAUGCAAAAGCCCGAUCUGUGACUUCUCUGGGAUGACAACGAUGCAUGUCGUCGUCCGUGCACCGACUUCAGGCAAACAGUCUGAUAAAAGAGCAGCAAAGAAAGCAAAAGAUUUCAGGUGCGGUUGUGCCAUCAUGUGACAGCAUUGUGAAUAGUAGCAAAAAAAUGUUGCUAUUUCAGCUCCUCCCCCUUUGCCCCUCACCCCUUUUUUUCCGCUCUCGCUAGAGUGUUGUAUUAUGUUCGAGGCGCUUCUCCUUUUAUUUCCCUUUGAUGUAUCGCGGGCAAGCUGCUGCUGCAGUUAAUCACCCAAUCAUGAGUUGCGUCAAGUACAAAAUUUGAAGGAUGCUGGCUGUUAACUACCCUUAAUCAUGAGUUAUGACGAGCACACAGUUUGAAGGCAGCCAUUAGUGUCUAAUUUACAAGAUCCAUCUUAUGCAAUUUUGCAUGGUUUCACAUUCUCUUCUACUAUAUAUGCCACCCCGGUGACUUGUAUUUAAUGUAUGCCUGACAUACUAGAUGAACUUUAUGGAACGGCAUUCAAUUCAUCAGCCAUCCAAUUUCCACC